GGUAGAAGCAUCAACCACCAGACUAAGCCGGCCAGUUACCAGGAGCACGUGCUCACUAUAGUCCAUGCCGAUCUGUUUAGUUUGAGUUUCGUCAGUUUGUCUUUGAGACUUUCGCUCUCUUGAGUUUGUUGUUUGUUAAAAUGGCCAACUUUGGUGAUUUGACUCAACAGUCAGCAGUAGAUGCUCUUGCUGGUGCCCUUGUGAAUGCUGUGAGGAAUUCGUUUGAGCAGUCCACACCUCCUGCAUCUCAUUCUCAGCCACCACUCUCGGGACCUCGCUCAGGAGAAAUGCCUUCUGGUAGUGGUCACAGUAGUACUCUUACAAAGAAUAAUACAGAAUACCAAAGAGCGUUGUGUCACAACAUGAAAAAAACCAAAUUAGCACCACCAUCUUUAUUUAGCCAGAGCCCGCGUUCAAGUUUUUAGAAGAAGAAGAAGCCAGCACCUAGCAAGUCAACGACAUAUACUCGAGACAUUAUCCUAUUACCAGAAGAAUUUAAAACUGAAAGUGGUAGUAUUAGCAUUCCACGUUCUACUAGAUGGGAAGCACUUGGCAAAGCUGGGCUAGUAGGAAAAGUUGAGUUAACGUCAGAUAUGAAUGAAGAUGAGGUUCGUACAGAGAUAUGUGAAGUAUUUGCAGCACCAAUGGGCUUGACAGUUGAUGAUAUCAAGACUGGAAAGAGAUUUAAUUAUACUUAUUUGCUGCGGUCUGGCUGUAAUAGUAGAUCAUUGUGUGUACCUACUGUAAAAGAUACUUUCCAGUGGACUGGAAAACAGGUCGCUUCGCUUGCCAAGUCUGGAUCCUUCAUUUAUAUACUUGCAAAAGAGUUGCUCCCUGCUUGGGAAAGCUUUAUGGAACCGAUUGAUGUCAUUAGUGAUGAUGAUGAUAGAGAUUUAAUGCCUCUUCCAAAGAGAUUUUUUAGUAGAAGGUUUGUAACAAUUACUUUUGAUCAAUUUUAUUGUUGUGAUUACAGUAAUGAUGUUAGUGUUAAAGAUGAUGGUGAUGAUGAUGACAUCAUUAUCACAGAACUGCCUCCAUCGGAUAAUCCUUCACCAACUUCAAGUGGUAAUAAUUUGAUAUUGCCAACAUCCCAGAGUCAGUCUUUGAGCUCAUCACUGGAUACAGUUUUUCAUCCUCCUUACCUUUCAUUUCCCAGUUCUUCUAACUCAUCUCAAGGUAUGAGCCAACUUCUGGAUAUGUUUAGCAGUUCACUGACUGAAAAGCAAAUUGAAGCAAUUUAUUUGCUUUCAGGAUCUAAUUAUGCAGCAUCAGUUUCGUGUCUAGCUGAAGGACCUACACUUAGCUCUAUUCAACAGAUGUGUAAAUUACGUUUCUCUAAUUUGCCUAGCAGAAAGGUAGCAGUGAAUUCUGACACCCUUUGGGAAGAUAUGGUUGCUGAAUACAAAGGAGGAGCAAUUUGUCACUCAAAGUUAAGGAUAUCAAUAGACAACCAACCUGCCAUUGACACUGGGGGUGUGCGUCGACAAGUGUAUACCACGAUUUUCCAGUUAUUUGCUUCAAAUUCUCAUGUUCAUUUAUUUGAUGAUCCUUCAAAUUGUGUGCGACCUUCCUCCUCAGCUAUAGCUAAGCUUUCAGGCUUACUUAAAAUAUUGGGUACAAUGAUUGCCCACUGCUUUUGCCAAGAAGGAUUCGGAUUCCCAUACUUAUCUCCUGUAUGCUACCUAUAUAACUGAAGGGGAGCAGAGAGCAUUGGAGUGUUGCUCUAAUCAAGACUUAAGUGCUGAUGCAGCUCAUGUGGUUUCCAAAGCAAAUAAUUGUCAAAUUCAUUUGUAUAUUUU